CUGGACCGCUUCUAUCCUGAUUGAUAUAUGACGGCAAUGGCACGUUUCCAUUUGACAUUCCCAUUAACUCCACUCUUGCUUACUCCACUGUUGCUUAAACAACAGCUCCAACUUUUGUGUGUUAGGAGAAAAAUAAACUGGGAAACCAUGUGACAGAGAGGGAGAGAGAGAGAGAGAAAGAAAAUUAGAGUGAAAGGGGAGUGAGAGUUAAAGGGAAAGAAAGGAGAGAUUUAGAGUAAGACAUAAGGAAAGGAUAAGAAUAGAAUACAGAGAAAGGGCGAAGAUUUAAUGUAAAUCAAUUAGAGUGAAGCUCUACAAAUGAAUUAGAGUGAAAUAAAGAGAAAGGCAGCGGAAGAAGAAGAAGAAUUGUAAUUACUAAGCCUCAAUUUACCUCUGGAACAAGAAACUAUUACGGGACCUGGAGAAAUUCCUUUCUAAGGAUUAAUGAAAUUUAUCAAGUAAGAGCUCGGAUUAAAAAUGGAAGCAACAGAUCUUGUAAAAACAUCCGGAAAAUAAGUGUAACAGAAGCAAUGGUGGAUUAUCAAAUUGUUGGCAACUCAAAGCAUGAGGAACAAGCAUGGCAACUUGGAAACUAAUGCAAGAAUUUGUCAGUAUUCACAAAAAAACAGUGUGCACUUGUGUCCUAAUUAUUAAGGUCAUUGAUUUGCUGUUUCCAUAAAGGAUUUUAUUGAACAAUGGGAAAUUAUGUCUUACUUGCAUGGAUUUCUGCACUCUCGAUGGUGGCAAUAUUAGUAAAUGCAGACAAGAAAGGAAAUACCUUCAUGGCAGAAUCAAAUCCAGACCGCUGCAUGAGGCACCACUAUGUUGACGCAAUCAAUCAUCCGCAACAUAAAUGCACUGCAAAGAUGGUAUUGCUUGCUCGUUGCGAAGGCCGUUGCAGCCAGACUUCCCGUUCAGACCCGCUUGUAUCUUUCAGUACGGUUCUCAAGCAGCCGUUUCGGUCAACCUGCCACUGUUGUCGGCCACAGACCUCAAAGUUGAAAGCGAUACGUCUGCGUUGCGCAGGUGGACUAAGACUGACUGCCACAUACCGCUAUAUCCUCUCCUGCCAUUGUGAGGAAUGUAAUUCGUAGAGACACAAUCACAAUUGAAAAUGGACAAUGCAUAUAAUAUGUGAAAUAUUUUAUUCUGUGUUAAUGUGUUGAGGUAAUAUAAAUAACAAUUGUUUCAAACAUCUUUAAAUGUCAGUCAUUGUGCAAAAAUGACCACUUUCAAUAUCCUUUUUUUUUUCUU